CAUGACAUUCUCUCACUAUCAGUCUUGCGCGCGGAGACACGGGUUAUUAAAGCUACGUUUCAUGAUUCAUACACAAUGUCAAACAACAGGCGGCAACUCUGUGGAUUUUGCGUGGAACGUCUCGUUGAUGGAUAUUUUAUAGUCAAUAGCAUAUGCCCGCCAAUGAUUUUAUAGACGUGGUUGCGGGACAUUCAACGAUUUUCCUCUUCAAUCAAGCUGCGUAUUUGGAUCUAUUGUGGAAUGGCUAAAGCGGCGUUGAUGGAUGUUUGCAUUAUUUUUUUUGUUGGAAUACUGGCAACAUUUGCAAACGGUUUCCCCUCUUUGCGGGAUGAUGUGAAUGAGGAGGGCAAGAUUGAGACGGCGCUUCCAAGCUUACCUUCGAGAAGUUCCUCUGAGAGGGCCAUCAAUGCUCUUGGAGCCAGCAAUGGCGGGGCCCCCACCUUUCCCUCUGGCAUGGUACCGGGGCCCCGGAGGCGAGCCAAGCGGUGUACAUGCUACACAUACAAAGACAAAGAGUGUGUGUACUAUUGUCACUUGGACAUCAUCUGGAUCAACACUCCAGAGCGAACCGUGCCGUAUGGCAUGUCCAGCUACCGGGGCUCUCAGCGGGUACGGCGCUCAGCCACCAACAGCGCUGCCACUGGAGAUAGCUCGGCACGCUGCACGUGUGCACGGCAGCAGGACUCCGACUGCAGGAACUUCUGCAAGAAGAGGGAGGAUUCCCCAUGACAUUUUAAACUGCCAGGCAAGUGUGAUAUAGAUGUCCCCAGGAAUGACCAAACAUCCAUGAAAACGUUUCCGUCCCCCUUGACACCUGGAAAUUUGACCUCUUUGAACAUUUUUCCUCUUCCAUUUUAAGACUACCCAGCGGUAUUCCUUUCAUCAAGGCAGAAACUGUAAAAGGCACAGAGUAAGAUGCUUUGGACUUCUCAAUAGUGGAAGACAGACAGGAUGUUGGUCUGCCUUCGAAGCCUUGGUAGUGUUAUGGACACUUUGAAGGACUGAUGAAAAGAGAGGGCAACAUAUCCAUUGUUGAAGGAAUGAUCUCUUCAAACAGCCUGAAAUCUGUGAAUGCAAUCUGGAAGCAAUGAUGUCUUCAGAAAGCCUGAAAUCUGUGUCGGGGAAAAAAGUCAAAGGGCUUUGGAGACUGGAGAUGUCCGGAGGAUGCUUAAUGUCAAAGACAAGACUGCCAUGGCUGAGGUGACAUUCAAGGAUUGAUGCAAAAGACUAAAUGAGAAAGGGAAUGACAGAAAUGUUUGCAGCAAUAUCCUUGUGUCCAAAGCAUCUGGUUUCUGCCUUCUCACACGUUUUUGUAUUUUAUACUGUUGUUCCAGUAGAACUGUCCAGAAUCGAGUGAUGCAACUAUGUGAUAUAUUUUUAUAUUAAUGUAAAAAUGUGCAAAGCACGAGUUAUAAUAUUGUUAUUUAGUAUACUGUACAGUUACAUGUAAUAAUGAUGGGUAGGUUUUUUCGAAAUCAACUACCACCUACCAUCCGUUUGCAAACUAUAGCAAGUCGACAAGAGGUUUGUAAUGAUUAAUGCAUUCUAACGCUUCCAGGUUCCAAAGAAAUCCCAAUGUCAAAAUGAUUGUUUCUCACCAACGCAAUGCCCAUAUGUCCAUAUUGUAUACAAUAGAUCUCAGCUACCAUUUGCUCCAGUAGUCUGAUCACUUCAGUUAAUGUGUGCUUACACGAACAUGGCCCAACUCAUGAAAUCUCGGCAAGUUGAGCAUCCACCACCUUCUGAACGAGUGAUGCAAUAAUGAUAGUGCCUGCUCUGUUGCCUUCUGCCAAUUACAACAGAGACUUUCAAGUUUCCUUAGGUUGGAAGGUGGUAUGAGGGCAAUAUAUACGUAUGUGUUCAUUUCAAGGAUAGCCAGUGUUUUUCUUCUAGAGUAGACAUCUAGUUAUCACACCACCAUAACGUUACAUUGUUUCCCAUAGCUUUGCUAAAUUGUUAACUUUCCCUAAUUGUCAUUCCUGUACCCAUGAAAAAUGUAAAAGGAACGUUUCUGAUGCAUUUCAUUAUGUGACGAUAGGAAACCUUGCUUUCUGGCCAUAUUGGUCUUUGAACAUAACAGAAACUCAAUUUGUCGGGACUGAGACCCAUUUCUUAGUCAAGUUUGAAAAAUCUAUAACAGUGGUUCUCAACCUCGUUUGAACAAUCGCCCCCUUGACCUCAUCAAUAGCCUGCCAACGCCCCCAUAACCUCAUCAUAAGCCUGCCAAUGCGGUCCUUAGUUUUAGAAAAAUAAAAUGGACUAUUGUUCCCCAUUUGCAACUGAGCAUUCGCUGUCUCAGUCGUCUCCUUCUCAACGCCCCCCUAAGGCUUCCUGACACUGUACAGCCCCCGUUGAGAAACACUAAUCUAUAACAACGACAU